CUUGCAUAUUACAACAAUGGUGUCCGUACCCACGGCAAAGCUCAGGCGCGAGCCCCUAAAGAAGGGAAACUCCAUCGACCACCUCGCCUACGUCGACGUCACUCCCAUCAUCGGCCGCGAGUACCCGCACGCUAAACUCAAGGAUAUGCUCCAAGCCCCCAACGCAGAGGAGCAGUUGCGCGAUCUUGCGAUAACCAUCUGCGAGCGCGGCGUGGCCUUCUUCCGCGAGCCGCAAGAUGACCUCACCAUCGAGGAACAGAAGUACAUCACUGAUAUGUUGGGGAAGCUGACCGGGCGGCCGGCGGAGAACGGCCUUCAUGUGCACCCGUUGUAUAACGACCCCAACAACAUCCCCAUGGCGGAUGGGACGACGGAUGAAAACAUGCAAGUUUUAAAAAAUCUGGAUAAGACUCAUUUGGCGCCCUACGUGAUCAACGCGGAGGCCGCCAAGAAGCUAUACGCAACGAUGAAGAACCGCCCCGGCGCAAACAACGAGCCCCGAGACUUGGCCCGGGAAUGGCACAGCGACAGCCUCUUCGAAACCUGCCCCUCCGACUUCUCCUUCCUACGCAUGGAAUCCACGCCCCCCACGGGCGGCGACACCCUCUGGGCCUCGGGCUACGAGCUCUACGACCGGCUCUCGCCCGCCUUCCAAGCGCUCCUCGAGGGCCUGACCGCGACCUGCGCACAGCCGGUGUUCCGGUCGGCGUGCGAGGCGGGCGGGUACCCCGUGAUGACGCCGCGCGGGUCGCCGCUGAACGCCGGGUACGCGUUUGCGCCGUCGCACCCGGUGGUCCGCACGCACCCGGUGACGGGGUGGAAGUCCGUGUUCGCGGGCGUGGGCCUGCACGUGAGCAGGAUCGAUGGCGUGCACGCGUACGAGGAUCACAUGAUUCGCGAGUAUGUGAUGCGGCUUAUCACGAGGAACCAUGAUUGUGUUGCGCGGAUGCACUGGACGAGGGGCGCGUGUGCGGUCUGGAGUAAUGUGUGCACGCUGCAUGCUGCUACUCCCGAUACACAUCUCGUCGAGGGCAACAGGACCGGUGUCCGCGCUUCGGGUAUAGGGGAGGUGCCGUAUCUAGACCCUGCAAGCACAGGGAGACGGGAGGGGCUGGGUCUGCCCCGAUACUAGGGAUUCUCUGUACCUAUCUACCACUCGGGACUACUG